UUCACCCCCCUGAAAGGGUCUUGUGUGUGUGUGUGUGUGUGUGUGUGUGUGUGUGUGUUUGUGUGUUUGUUAUGCAGGCCUCUCACCGUUGUGGCCUCUCCCGUUGCGGAGCACAGGCUCCGGACGCGCCGGCGCAGCGGCCAUGGCUCACGGGCCCAACCGCUCCGCAGCAUGUGGGAUCUUCCCGGACCAGGGCACAAACCCGUGUCCCCUGCAUCAGCAGGCGGACUCUCAACCACUGCGCCACCAGGGAAGCCCUGAAAGGGUCUUUUAAAAUAUUUUAAUUUUAGUAAAAUACACAUAAAUUUUACCAUCUUAACUGUUGUUAAGUGUGCAUUUCUCCACGUCCUCCUCAGCACUUGUUAUUUCUUGGGUUUUUGUUUUGUUUUUUUGGGAGGGUUGUUUGUUUUUUAACUAGUAGCCAUCCUAAUGGCUGUGAUAUUGAUUUGUAUUUCCCUAAUAAUUAGUAAUGUUGAACAUCUUUUCAUGUGCUUUUUGCCAUUUUUAAUUUUCUUGGAGAAAUGUCUAUUCAAGUCCUUUAUACAUUUUUUAAUGGGGUUUAUUUAUUGGUUGUUGAGCUGUAGGAGUUCUUUAUGUAUUCUGUAACUUAACCCUUAUCAGACAUAUGAUUUGCCAAUAGUUUCUCCCUUUCUGUUGGUUUUCUUUUCGCUCUGUUGAUUGUGUCCUUUGAUGCACAAAAGUUUUAAAUUUUGAUGUAGUCCAGUUAUCUACUUUUAUUUUCUUACCUGUGCCUUUUGAGUCAUAUCCAAGAAAUCAUAACCAAAUACAAUGUCAUAAGAUUUUCCCCUAUGUUUUCUUCUGAGAAGUUUAUAGAUUUAGCUCUAAUGUUUAGAUCUUUGAUCCAUUUUGAGUUAAUUUUUGUAUAUGGUAUUAGGUAAAGGUUCACCUUCAUCCUUUUGUACAUGGCUGUCCAGAUUUCCCAGCACCAUUUGUUGAAAAGACUGUCCUCUCCCCAUUGAAUUGUCUUGGCAUGCUUGUCAAAAAUUAUUUGACCAUAUAUGCCAGGGUUUAUUUCUGGGGUCUCUGUUCUAGUCCGUUGGUCUAUGUGUCUUUAUGGCAGUACCACACUGUUUCAAAGCCUGUAGCUUUGAAAUAGGUUUUAAGAUCAGGAAGUAUGAGGCCUCCAACUUUGUUCUUUUUUUAAAAUUUUUAUUGAAAUACAGUUGGUUUACAAUAUUGUGUUAGUUUGAGGUGUACAGUAAAGUGAUUCAGAUAUUUAUUUAUUUAUUUAUUUAUUUAUUUAUUUAUUUUUACACUCUCUACCAUUAUAGGUUAUUACAAGAUGUUGAGUAAUAUCUGUGCUAUACAGUAGGUCCUUGUUGGUUAUCUAUAUAGUAGUAUGUAUAUUUUAAGCACAAACUCCUAAUUUAUCCCUCUCUCCCCCUCCCCUUUGGUAACUGUAAAUUUGUUUUCUAUGUUUGUGAGUCAGUUUCUGUUUUGUAAAUAAGUUCAUGUAUCAUUUUUUUUAGUUAGAUUCCACAUAUGAGUGAUACCAUGUGAUAUUUGUCUUUGUCUGUUUGUCUUACUUAGUAUGAUCAUCUCUAGAUCCAUCCAUGUUGCUGCAAAUGGCUUAUUUCAUUCUUUUUUUUAUGGCUGAGUAAUAUUUCAUUGUAUAUAUGUACUACAUCUUCUUUAUCCAUUCCUCUGUCGAUGGACAUUUAGGUUGCUUCCGUGUCUUGGCUACUGUAAAUAGUGCUGCCAUGAACAUUGGGGUCCAUGUAUCUUUUCUAAUUAUGGUUUUCUCCAGAUAUAUGCCCAGGAGUGGGAUUACUGGAUCAUAUGGUAGCUCUAUUUUUAGUUUUUUAAGGAGCCUCCGUACUGUUCUUCAUAGCGGUUGUACCAAUUUACAUUCCCACCAACAGUGUAGAAGCAUUCCCUUUUCUCCACAUCCUCUCCAGCAUUUAUUAUUUGUAGACUUUUUAAUGGUGGCCAUUAUGACUGGUGUGAGGUGAUACCUCACUGUAGUUUUGAUUUGCAUUUCUCUAAUAAUUAGCGAUGUUGAGCAUCUUUUCAUGUGUUUGUGGCCAUCUGUAUGUCUUCUUUUGAAAAAAUGUCUCUUUAGAUCUUCUGCCCAUUUUUUGAUUGGGUUGUUUGUUUUUUUGAUAUUGAGCUGUAUAAGUUGUUUGUAUAUUUUAGAGAUUAAUCCCUUGUCAGUUGCAUCAUUUGCAAAUAUUUUCUCCCAGUCUGUAGAUGGGCUUUUUGUGUUGUUUAUGGUUUCCUUUGCUGUGCAAAAGCUUUUAAGUUUAAUUAGGUCCCAUUUGUUUAUUUUUGUUUUUACUUCCAUUACUCUAGGAGACGGAUCCAAAAAGAUAGUGCUGUGAUUUAUGUCAAAAAUGUUCUGCCUAUACCUUCCUCUAGGAGUUUUAUAGUAUCCAGUCUUACAUUUAAUCCAUUUUGAGUUUAUUUUUGUGUUUGGUGUUAGAGAAUGUUCUAAUUUCAUUCUGUAGCUGUCCAGUUUCCCAGCACAACAUAUUGAAGAGACUGUCUUUUCUCCACUGUAUAGUCUUGCCUCCUUUGUCUUAGAUUAAUUGACCGUAGGUGCGUGGGUUUAUUUCUGGGCUUUCUAUCCUGUUCCAUUGAUCUAUAUUUCUGUUUUUGUGCCAGAAUCACACUGUUUUGAUUACUGUAGCUUUGUAGUAUAGUCUCAAGUCAGGGAGCCUGAUUCCUCCAGCUCCGUUUUUCUUUCUCAAGAUUGCUUUGGCUGUUCGUGGUCUUUCAUGUUUCCAUAGAAAUUAAAAAAUUUUUUGUUCUAGUUCUGUGAAAAAUGCAAUUGGUAAUUUGAUAGGAAUUGCAUUGCAUCUGUACAUUGCCUAGGAUACUAUAGUUAUUUUGACAAUAUUGAUUCUUCCAAUCUAAGAACAUGGUGUAUCAUUCCGUUUGUGUCAUUUUCGAUUUCUUACAUCAGUGUCUUACACCUUUUGGAGUACAAGUCUUUUGCCUCCUUAGGUAGCUUUAUUCCUAGGUAUUUUAUUCUUUUUGAUGCAAUGGUAAAUGGGAUAGUUUCCUUAAUUUGUCUUUCUGACCUUUCAUUGUUAGUGUAUAGAAAUGCAACAGAUUUUUGUGUAUCAAUUUCAUGUACUGCAAUUUUACCAAAUUCAUUGAUGAGCUGUAAUAGUUUUCUGGUAGCACCUUUAGGAUUAUCUGUGUAUAGUAUCAUGUCAUGUGUAAACAGCAACAGUUUUACUUUUUCUUUUCCAAUUUGGAUCCCUUUUAUUUCUUCUUUUUCUCUGAUUGCCAUGGCUAGGACUUCCAAAACUAUGUUGAAUAAAAGUGGUGAGAGUGGACAUCCUUGUCUUGUUCCUGAUCUUAGAGGAAAUGCUUUCUGCUUUUCACCGUUGAGUAUGAUGUUAGCUGUGGGCUUGUCAUAUGUGGACUUUAUUACUUUGAGGUAGGUUCCCUGUAUGCCCACUUUCUGGAGAGUUUUUAUCAUAAAUGGGUGUUGAAUUUUGUCAAAAGCUUUCCUGCAUCUAUUGAGAUGAUCAUAUGGUUUUUAUUCUUCAGUUUGUUGAUGUGGUGUUGAGGUAGGUUCCCUGUAUGCCCACUUUCUGGAGAGUUUUUAGCAUAAAUGGGUGUUGAAUUUUGUCAAAAGCUUUCCUGCAUCUAUUGAGAUGAUCAUAUGGUUUUUAUUCUUCAGUUUGUUGUUGUGGUGUAUCACAUGAUUGAUUUGCAGAAUUGAAAAAUCCUUGCAUCCCUGGGAUAUAUCCCACUUGAUCACGGUGUGUGAUCCUUUUAAUGUAUUGUUGAAUUCAGAUUGCUAGUAUUUGAGGAUUUUUGCAUCUAUGUUCAUCAAUGAUAUUGGCUGGUAAUUUUCUUUUUUUGUGGUACCUUUGUCUGGUUUUGGUAUCAGGGUAAUAGUGGCCUCAUAGCACAUGGGCUCUUCGUUGCGGUGCACAGACUUCUCUCUAGUUGUGGCACGCAGGCUCCGAAGUGCACAGGCUCAGUAGUUGUGGCGCACAGGUUUAGUUGCCCUGCGGCAUGUGGGAUCAUAGUUCCCUGACCAGAGAUCGAACUGGCGUUCCCUGCAUUGCAGGACCAAUUCUUAACCACUGGACCACCAGGGAGGUCCCUUUGUUGGGAGUUUUUAAAUCACAGAUUCAAUUUCAGUACAUGUGAUUGGUCUGUUCAUAUUUUCUAUUUCUUCCUGGUUCAGCCUUGGGAGAUUGUACCUUUCUAAGAAUUUGUCCAUUUCUUCCAGGUUGUUCAUUUUAUUGGUACAUGGUUGCUUGUAGUAGUUUCUUAUGAUCCUUUGUAUUUCUGUGGUGUCUGUUGUAACUUCUCCUUUUUCAUUUCUAAUUUAAUUGAUUUGGGCCCUCUCCCUUUUUUUCUUGAUGAGGCUGGCUAAUGGUUUAUCAGUUUUGUUUAUCUUAUCAAAGAACCAGCUUUUAGUUUCUUUCAUCUUUGGUAUUGUUUUAUUCGUUUCUACUUCAUUUAUUUCUGCUCUGAUCUUUAUGAUUUCUUUCCUUCUACUAACUUUGGAUUUUGUUUGUUCUUCUUUCUCUAGUUGCUUUAGGUGUAAAGUUAGGUGGUUUGUUUGUUAUUUUUCUUGUUUCCUGAGGUAAACUUGUAUUGCUAUUAACUUCCCUUUAGAACUGCUUUUGCUGCAUCCCAUAGGUUUUGGAUCAUCGUUUUUUUCGUUUUCAUUUGUCUCUAGGUAUUUUUUUCUUUCCUCUUUGAUUUCUUCAGUGAUCCAUUGGUUGUUUAGUAGCAUCUCGUUUAGCCUCCACGUGUUUGUUUUUUACAGUUUUUUCCUUGUUGUUUAUUUCUAAUCUCAGAGCGUUGUGGUCAGAAAAGAUGCUUGAUACGAUUUCAGUUUUCUUAAAUUUACCAAGGCUUGCUUUGUGGCCCAGCAUGUGGUAGAUCCUGGAGACUCUUCUGCAUGCACAUGAGAAGAAUGUGUAUUCUGCUGCUUUUGGAUGGAAUGCUCUAUAAAUAUCAAUUAAGUCCAUAUGGUCUAAUGGGUGAUUUAAGGCCUGUGUUUCCUUAUUGAUUUUCUUUCUGAAUGAUCUAUCCAUUGAUGAAAGUGGGGUGUUGGGACUUCCCUGGUGGCCCAGUGGUUAAGACUCCACGCUCCCAGUACAGGGGGCCCAGAUUCGAUCCCUGGUCAGGGAACCAGAUCCCUCAUGCGUGUCACAACUAAGUGUUCGCAUGCUGCAACUAAGGAGCCUGUGAGCCACAACUAAGGAGCCCACCUGCCACAACUAAGGAGCCCACAUGCCACAACUUAUGAGCCAGAGAGCUGCAACUAAGGAGCCCGCUGGCUGCAACUAAGACCUGGCACAACUUAAUUAAUUAAUUAAUUUUAAAAAAGCAGUUCAUAGGUAUUAAAAAAAAGGAAGCAUGCUAUAAAAAAAAAGAAAGUGGGGUGUUAAAGCCCCCACUAUUAUUGUGUGACUGUCGAUUUCUCCCUUUAUGGCUCUUAGUGUUUGCCUUACAUAUUGAGGGUGCUCCUCUGUUGGGUGCAUAUCUAUUUACAGUUGUUACGUCUUCUCCUUGGAUUGAUCCCUUGAUCAUUAUGUAGUGUCCUUCUUUGUCUCUCUUAUAAUAGUCUUUAUUUUAAAGUCUAUUUUGUCUCAUAUGAGUAUUGCUAUUCCAGCUUUCUUUUGAUUUUAAUUUGCAUGGAAUAUGUUAUUCCAUCACCUCACUUUCAGUCUGUAUGUAUCCCUAGGUCUGAAGUGGGUCUCUUGUAAACAGCAUAUAUACGGUUGGUGUUUUUGUAUCCAUUCAGCCAUUCUGUGGCUUUUGGUUGGAGCAUUUAAUCCAUUUACAUUUAAGGUAACUAUCGAUAUGUAUGUUCCUGUUGACAUUUUCUUAAUUUUUUUGGUUUGUCCUUGUAGGUCUUUUUUCUUCCUUUCCUCUCUUUUUCUCUUCUCUUGUGGUUUGAUGACCAUCUUUAGUGUUCUGUUUGGGUUGUGUUUCCUUUUUUGUGUUUGUAUCUAUUAUAGUUUUUGGGUUUGCUGUUCCCAUGAGGUUUUGUUAUAGCAGUCUAUAUAUGUACGUGGUUAUUUUAAGCUGCUGGUUGGUUUCCUGCCUAGAGAAGUUAUUUUAGCAUUUGUUGGAAAGCUGGCCUGGGGGUGCUGUAUUCUCUUAGCUUUUGCUUGUCCAUAAAGCUUUUGAUUUCUCUGUCAAAUCUAAAUGAGAGCCUUGCUGGAUAGAGUAUUCUUGGUUGUAGGUUCUUCCCUUUGAUCACUUUAUAUAUAUAAAAUGUCACUCCCUUCUGGCCUGCAGAGUUUCUUCUGAGAAAUCAGCUGAUAACCUUAUGGGACUUCCCUUGUAUGUUAUUUGUUGUUUUUCCCUUGUUGCUUUUAAAGUUUUUUCUUUGUCUUUAAUUUUUGUCAGUUUGAUUACUGUGUGUCUUGGCGGCGUGUUCCUCCUUGGGUUUAUCCUUCUUGGGACUCUCUGCGCUUCCUGGACUUGGGUGACUGUUUCCUUUCCCAUGUUAGGGAAGUUUUCAGUUAUCUCUUCCAGUCUUUUCUCAGGUCCUUUCUCUCUUCUGCCUCUGGGGCCCCUGUAAUGCAAAUGAUGGUGCAUUUAAUGUUGUCCCAGAGGUCUCUUAGACUCUCUUCCUUUCUUUUCAUUCUUUAUUCUGCUCCUCGGCAGUUAUUUCCACCAUUCUGUCUUCCAGUUCACUUAUCCGUUCUUCUGCCUCAGUUAUUCUGCUAUCGAUUCCUUCUAGUGUAUUUUUCAUUUCAGUUAUUGUAUUGUUCAUCUGUUUGUUUGUUCUUUAGUUCUUCUGGGUUUUUGUUAAACAUUUCUAGCAUCUUCUCGAUCCUUGCCUCCAUUCUUUUUCUGAGAUCCUGGAUCAUCUUCACUAUCAUUAUUCUGAAUUCUUUAUCCAGAAGGUUGCCUAUCUCCACUUCACUUAGUUGAUUUUCUGGGGUUUUAUCUUGUUCCUUCAUCUGGUACAUAUUCCUCUGCCGUUUCAUUUUGUCUAACUUUCUGUGAUUGUGGUUUCUGUUCUGCAGGCUGCAGGAUUAUAGUUCUUUCUGUUCUGCAGGCUGCAGGAUUAUAGUUCUUUCUGCUUCUGCUGUCUGCCCUCUGGUAGAUGAGGCUAUCAAAGAGGCUUUUGCAAGCUUCCUGAUGGGAAGGACUGGUGGCGGGUGGAGCUGGGUCUUGUCCCUCUGGUAGGCAGGGCCAUGCUCAGUAAAACUUUAAUCUGCUGAUGGGUGGGGCUAUUUUCUCUCCCUGUUAGUUGUUUGGCCUGAGGUGACCCAGCACUGGAGCCUACAGGCUAUACGGUGGGGCUAGUGGUGGCCUCCAGGAGGGCUCACAUCAGUGAGUACUUCCCAGAACUGCUGUUGCCAGUGUCUUUGUCCCUGCAGUGAGCUUCAGCUACCUUCCCCAUCACCUCUGCAGGAGACCCUCCAAUACUAGCAGGUAGGUCUGGCCCACUCUCUUAUGGGCUUUUUACCCCUGGGUCCUGGUGCACACAAGACUUUGUGUGUGCCCUCCAAGAAUGGAGUUUCUGUUUCACCCUGUCCCGUGAAAGUCCUUCAUUCAAACCCUGCUGGCCUUCAAAGCCAGAUUCUUUGGGGACUCCUCCUCCUGUUACCAGAUCCCCAGGCUGGGGAGCCUGAUGUGGGGCUCAGAACUCUCACUCCCAUGGGAGAACUUCUGUGAUGUAAUUAUUCUCCAGUCAGUGGGUCACCCACCCUGGGGGGUAUGCGAUUUGAUUAUAUUGCAAGUAUGCCCCUCCCACUGUGUCACUGUGAUUUUUUCUUUGUCUUUGGAUGUAGAAUAUCUCUUUUGGUACUGUUUCAGUCUUUUAUUGACGGUUGUUCAACAGUUAGUUGUGCUUUUGGUGUGCUCGUGGGAGGAGGGGAGCUCAAGGUCUUCUGCUCCGCCAUCUUGUCUUCUCCAACCUGGUUUGUUUUUUUAAGAUUGUUUUGGCUUUGCGGGGCGGGGGGGUCUCUGGAGACUCCAUAUGAAUUUUUAAAUGAAUUUUUUCUGUUUUUGCCAUUGGGUUUUUGAUAGGGAUUGCAUUAAACCUGUAGAUUGCUUUUGGUAAUAUUGACAUCUUAACAAUAUUGUUUUCCAAUCCAUGAACAUAGGAUAUCUUUCCAUUUAUUGGUAUCUUUCAAAAUUUCUUUCAGUGACAUUUUGAGCAUACAAGUCUUUCACCUCCUUUGUCAAGUUAAUUCCUAAGUGUUUUUUUCUUUUUGAUGUUACAGUAAAUGAAAGUUAAAUUGUUUAAUUAAUUUUUUCUUCAGAUUGUUCAUUGUUAGUAAAGAGACACACAAGUGGGUGUUUUUUGUUUCUGUUGUCAAUUUUAUAUUCUGUGACUUUGAUGGAUUGCUUUAUUAGUUCAGUUUUUGUGCAGUCUUUAGGGUUUUCUACAUAUAAGAUCAUUUCAUCUGUGAGUAGAGAUAAUUUUACUUCUUUCUCUCCAAUUUGAAUGUCUUUUAUUUCUUUUUCUUGCCUAAUUACUCUGGUUAAGACUUCCAGGACUGUGUUGAAUAAAAGUGGUGAAAGUGGGUAUCCUUGUUUUACUUGAUCUUAGAGGAAAAAUUUCAGUAUUUCAUCAUGCGUGUUAUGUUAGUUGUGGGCUUUUGAUAUAUAGCUUUUAUUAUAUUGGGGUAGUUUCCUUCUAUUCCUAGUUUGUUGAAUGUUUUUAUUAUGGAAAGUUGAAUUUUGUCAAAUGUUUUUUCUGCAUCAAUUGAGAUGAUGGCAUGGUUUAUUUUCUUUCAUUUUCUUAAUAGAGUGUACUGCAUUGAUCAGUUUUCAUAUGAACUAGCCUUGCAUUCCAGGAAUAAAUCUCUUUUGGUCAUGGUGUACAGUAAUUUUAAUGUGCUCUUGAAUUCUGUUUGCUAGUAUUUUAUUGAGGAUUUUUGUGUCAAUAUUCAUAAGGGAUAUUACUCAGUGGUUUUUGUUUUUUGUUUGUUUUUGUGGUACGCGGGCCUCGGGCCUCUCACUGUUGUGGCCUCUCCCGUUGCGGAGCACAGGCUCUGGAUGCACAGGCUCAGCGGCCAUGGCUCACGGGCCCAGCCGCUCCGCAGCAUGUGGGCUCUUCCCGGACCGGGGCACGAACCGGUGUCCCCUGCAUUGGCAGGCGGAUUCUCAACCACUGCGCCACCAGGGAAGCCCUCAGUGGUUUUCUUGUAGUGUCUUUGUCUGGCUUUGGUAUCAGUGUAAAUCUGUCCUCAUAGAAUGAGUUUGGAAAUGUUGCCUCCUCUGCAAUUGCUUUGGAAGAGUUUGAGGAGGAUUGAUGUUAAUUCUUCUUUAAAUGUUUGGUAAAAUUCACCAGUAGAGCCAUCUGGUCCUGGGCUUUUCUUUAUUGAGAGGUUUUUGAUUACCAAUUCAGUCUCCUUACUAGUUAUGGGUGUGUUCAGAGCUUCUAUUUCCUCAUGAUUUAGACUUGGUCAGUUGUGUAUUUCUAGGAAUUUAUCCUUUUCAUCUAGGUUGUCCAAUUUGUUGGCAUAUAAUCAUUAAAGUACUCUCUGAUAAUAUUUUUUAUUUCUGUAAAUUGAGUAAUAAUGUCUUCUCAGUUCUACUUUUAGUUAUGAGUCUUUUCUUUUUUCCCUUAAUCAGUCUAGCUUAAGGUUUGAUCAUUUUGUUGAUCUUUUUGAAGAAACAGCAUUUGUUGAUUUUCUCCAUUGUUUUUCUAUGUUCUGUUUAUCCCUAAUAUUUUUUUCCUCUAUUUUUUUAUUGGAGUAUAGGUGAUUUACAGUGUUAGUUUCUGCCGUACAGCAAAGUGAGUCAGUUAUUCAUACACAUGUUGUCCACUCUUUUUUAGAUUCUAUUCCUAUAUAGGUCAUUACAGAGUACAGAAUAGAGCUCCCUGUGCUGUUUAGUAGGUUCUUAUUAGUUAUCUAUUCUAUAUACAGUAGUGUGUAUAUGUCAAUCCCAGUCUCCCAAUUUAACCCUCCCCUCCCCUUUCUCGCCUGGUAACCGCAAGUUUGUUUUCUGCAUCUGUGACUCAAGUUCUGUUUUAUAAAUAGGUUCACUUGUACCAUUCCUUUAGAUUCUACCUGUAAGCGAUAUCAUAUGAUAUUUGUCUUGCUCUGUGUGACUUACCUCACUCAGUAUGACAGUCUCUAGGUCCAUCCAUGUUGCUGCACAUGGCAUUAUUUCGUUAUUUUUUAUGGAUGAUAUUCCAUUGUGUAUAUGUACCACAUUUUCUUUAUCCAUUCCUCUGUUGAUGGACACUGAGAUUGCUUCCAUGUCUUGGCUAUUGUAAAUUGUGCUGCCGUGAACACUGGGGUACAUGUCUUUUUGAAUUAUGGUUUUCUCUGGAUAUAUGCCCAGGGGUAGGAUUGCUGGAUCAUAUGGUAGUUCUGUUUUUAGUUUUUUAAGGAAUCUCCAUAUUGUUCUCCACACUGGCUGCAGCAAUUUCCAUUCCCACCAACAGUGCAGGAGGGUUCCCUUCUCUACGCAGCCUCUCAACCAUUUAUUGUUUGUACAUUUUUUGGUGAUGGCCUAAUAUUUAUUAUUUCUUUUAUUCUGAUAGCUUUUGGGUUUAGUUUGUUCUUUUCUAGCUGUAAAGUUGUUGAUUUGAGAUUUUCCUUCUUUUUCAACGAAUGUUCCAGGUGCCCUUAAGAAAAAUAUGUAUUCUGCUGUUGUUGGGUAGAGUAUCAUGUACCUGUUCGUUAGGUUCAGUUAGACUAUAGACAUGUUCAAGUCCUCUGUUUCCUUCAUAAUCUUCUGUCUGGUUGUCCUAUCCAUUAUUGAAAGUGGAGAAUUGAAGUCUUCUCCUAUUGUUGCAGAGCUGUCUACUUCUCCUUUCAAUUCUGUCAACGUUUGCUUCCUAUAUUUAGGAGUUCUGAUGUUUGUUCUAUGUAUGUUUAUAACCGUUACGUGUUCCUGGUGGUUUUGUCAAUGUAUAAUCAAUAUAUAUUUUAUCAAUAUACGAAGUCCUCUUAUCAGUAUAUAAUGUCCUUCUUUGUUUCUUGGAUCAGUUUUUUACUUAGUUUCUAUUUUGUCUGAUAUUAGUACAGUCAUCCUUCCUCUUGUUUGGUUGCUAUUUGUAAUGAGUAUCUUUCUUCCAUCUUUUCUCUUUCAAUCCAUGUGUGUCGUUAGAUCGAAAGUUACCCUCCUGUAGACAGCAUGUAGUUGGAUCUUGUAUUUUUAAUAAUUCUACCAAUUUAUGUUUUUCGAUUGGGAAGUUUAUUUACAUUUAAAGUAAUUAGUGAUAGGCAAGGACUAAUUAUUGCCGUUUGGGUAUUUGUUUUCUGUAUGUCUCAUAGCUUUUCUUCCCCUCAUUUUCUCCCUUUCUGUCUUUUUGAUGAGUUAAUUUUUUGUAGUGAUAGGUCUUGACUCACUUCUCAUUUUUCUUGUGUAUGUCCUGUAGAUGUUUUCUUUGUGGGUAACUUGGGGAAUCCGUAUAACAUCCUCAUGUUAUAAUAAUCUAUUUUAAACUGAUACCAACUUAAAUUAGUCAAAAAUUCUAUUCCUUUAAAGCUCUACCCCAUUUAUGUUAUUGAUAUCAUGAAUUACAUUUUAUAUACUGUGUACUCAGUAAUAUAGAUUUUAAUUAUUUUUGUGCUUUUGUUUUUUAAAUCCUACAAAGGCAUAAAAGUGGAGUUAUGAACCAAAAUUACAAUACACAGGUUUUUAUAUUUGGCUGUGUGUUUGCUUUUACUGGAGAACUUUAUAUUUUUCAAUAGAUAUAUUUGACUGACUUUUGAUGAUCCUUUCAUCAACUCCCUUUAACAUUGACCGUAGGGAAGGCCUAGUGGUAAUGAACUCUGUCAGCUUUUAUUUAUCUAGAAAUGUCUUAAAUCCCCCCUCAUUUUCAAAGGACAGUUUUUGCCAGAAUUACUUGUUGACAGGUUUUUUUUUUCUUUCUGGACUUUAAAUCUGUUGUCCCGACCUGAUACAUAAACUAUGCUAGCUUCCGGUCUGAUCUGUGAGUUGGGUGAGAGAGAAGCCCGUCUCUUGGGAGCCCCUAGACCAGCCAGAAGGUCACAGACAAGUCCAUUCUUUCCCUCUGUCCCGAGAGAGGCCCAGGGGCUGGACGGCUGCCUUCUGUCUCUGCGGCGCUGUGCCGGGGGUGGCGGGUGGGGGGGCAAAGGCAACAACGAACUUUCCUACCAUCGUGGGUGAGGCUUUUCCUUGGCUGCCGCAGGGCCUGGCCUGGCUUCUAACCCUCCCACAGAGCUGCUGUGGUCAGUCUGUGUGGUUCAUCUUGUGUUUCCUCCAGGGAGCGCAGGCUGGGCUUCCCUUUCGGCCCUCUGGCUGAUGUCACUGCCCGCCGGCUUCCUUUUAAACGUAUCUUUCGUUUGGUUUGCAUGUGUUGUCCAGGACCUGCUUCAGGGGAGGGUCCCGGCAGGUGAUCUGUCUGGACUCCCAAGUGUGACGGGGCCUCUAUCCUCACAGCUGACCCCAGCCUGGCCGGAUAGCGAGGCAGUGUUCACAGGUAUGUUCCCUCAACUGAGACAGGCUUGCAGUGUCCUCUGUACCCAGUGUUGCUAAUGGUGCCUUUGGUGUCUCUUUGAGUCUCAUUUCUUGUAGGUAGUCUGUUGAUUUUAUCUUCCUAUCUGAGUCUUUUUUUUGGCGGGGGGCUGCGUGUUGUGCGGCUAGUGGGAUCUUAGUUCCCCAACCAGGGAUCGAACCCCUGCCCCCUGCAGUGCACAUGCAGAGUCCUAACCACUGGACGGCCAGGGAAGUCCCCCUAUCUGAACUUCUUUUGCAUUUUUUUUUAUCAUCCACGUUCUGAAAUUUCACCGCGGUAUUUCUGGCAUGGGCCGUUUUUCCUUACCUUAUAUGCAUCUUAGAUUUUUCAAUCUAAAGACGUAUGUCUGUCUUCAGCUCUAUGAAAAUCCUAUUUUUUGUGAUUUCUUAUAUUCUGAUAUGCAUUCACAUUCGCACCCUCUCUCUAACUUUAACGUAUACACAUGCAGCUUCUGGAUCUGCCUUCUUUCCAUCUCUGUCUGGUUGUGCUUCAUUCUGGGAAAACACCUGCGCUUGAUUUUUGAUUUCACUCGUUUCCUCUUACUCUUGCUCUCAAGCUCUGUGCUACUGAGGUCAUUGUGAGGAGUCCUGCUUGUCUCCGUGUUUUACUUUACAUUCAGAGACCGGGUCUGUGCUUUCUAGAUCCCCAGACCGCCUCUCCCUGUGCGAUGGCACCAGACUCUGCCAGCCCCCAGUUUAGCUGUCCUAGAGUCUUACUCGGGUUCUGUUUUGAUUGUUUCCUUAGGCUUUUGCCUCCAUUUGUGGAGUCUGCUGAGUCUGUCACGACUGUGGCCUUCAGGGGACAGGGAUUCUUGGUCACUCGAGCAUCCUCUAUUUGGGUUUCCUCCUGGUCUGUAGAGUCUAGUCUAGAGACUAGUUUCCUCCUAGUCUCCUUCUGUAGAGCAGGUGACCCCCUGGUGGCUGGGGGGCGUCACAGUGUCUUCCCUGGAGGUACAAGCCGCUCACUGGUCUCACUGGUCUGUGUCCCUCUUACUAUGGCCACUCUGGACACUUCCCUGCCUGUGACCCCAGCACACACCCUCGCUGCUUUUGCUCAGCGAAGCAUCCCAUCGUCGGCACAAGCCGGUCAGGCGAGAGGAGAGGCGCCUCUUGUUGAAGCCAAGUCGCCACCUGUCCGAGGUGCCCGUUGUCCCCGGGGCCUCCUGUCCUGGGCGGGAAACGUGUCCUGCCGUCAUUUCUGGGCGCGGGUCCUCUGUCCACCUAACUCCCCUGCUCUCUAUGCCCAAGGAUUGCCUCUGCAUCUGUGUUACACUGUAGAAGCCUCUUCUUGUUUCCAAUGUGUGUCUGAAGGCUGUCUGCUCACUGCCACGAUGAGCCCUGCGAUGCUGGACCGGAGUCAGAGAUAUCCGUGUAAACUCACGUUUGUUUAGGAGGUACAGAGGGAGACGAAACUAAAUUUGCGUGUGUGCACAGCGGGGUUGGGGUGCAUACACGUACGUUUCCUGGCUCCAUCCAUAAGAGGGCCUAGAGGCACUGACACCGCAGUAGCACCAAGUGGAACUUUCAGGAGAAACAGGAUGUGUGCAUAGCUUCAGAUAUCUCCCCCGAUAAUUGUGACUCGCUCUGUUUUAGAAAGUGUCCUCAGAGCUUCGAUCUGCUUCCAUGGAGGAGCAGGAGCUUAAUUCCCCUCCCCUUGAGUGUGGGGCAGACCUGAUGAGUGACGUCUAGCAGAUAGCUUGUGGGGAAGGGAAAACUGAGUUUGCAGUGCACAAUCCCGGCAGACGCGCUUCAGCCGAGGUCAGGGCACCGGUGAGCAGCCGCGUGGUGUCACGCGCCUCGGAUUGCACACGAGCAGAAGGCACCUCCCCUCGGCAGCCUCUUCCCUCCGCAGCCGCACCCUCAGUUCAGUCGUGGGGAGGCACCAGCCAAGCCCACGUUGAGGACCCUUCUGCAGAAUGCCCGAGCAGCACUCCUCGAGGUGUCAAGGUGAGAAAGACGAGGGAAGGUGAGAACCCGUCACUGCCUGGAGGAGACCCAGGAGCCGGUGGGGGAUCCGGACUUACUUCCUGGAACAGAGAAAGGACAGUGGUGGGAGAGCCGGGAGGUGCAAAUACAUCCUGUCACCUAGUCGGUGGUGUCGAGCCAGUGUUAACGUCUUAGUUGGGUGACUGUCCUGUGGUUCUGUAAGGCGGCGGUCCCCAACCGUUUUGGCACCAGGGACCGCUUUCGCGGAAGACGGUUUUUCCACGGGCGGGGGUGGGGAGGGAUGGCUCGGGCGGUAACGUGAGCGACGGGCGUGGCAGAUGAAGCUGUGCUCGGUGGCCCGCCGCUCACCUCGUGCUGUGCGGCCCAGGGGCUGGGGACCCCUGCUAUAAGGUGUAACGGUCAGUAGAAACCUGGCGACAGGUAUAUGGGAAACUCUCUGCGCUGACUUUGGAACUCUUGCAAAAAAAAGUCUUCAUUUAUUUAAAAAUAAAAAGUGAGAAGGUUGUCUUUCCCUACCCUCCAAUUUGAGGAAGGAGAAGGACAGCAAGGGUCCGUUCUCUUUCUUAAUCCAGUAAGUAUUUUUUGUUGUGAACGGGCCAGAUGACCUUGUGAAGCUCUAACUCGCUGGGCAAGUCAGGACCUGGCAGCAAACAGGAGGUGCAGGGACGGGAGCUGAGCAGAAUUAAGGAGGGGUCCACCGCAAGGUUGUGGGUGGCAAGGCUCCCCAGGCCGGGUAGCGGCUGGAAGUGAUCCUCACCUGAGGGACGGGAGGAGGGGCUGGUUCCCACACCUGGGCCUGUCGCUGAAGGAGAGGCCGAGCGGCCGAGCUGCAGCCAGAACCGCAGGGCAGGGAGGCGUGCUGAUGCAGCUGUAAGGGCUCGUGAGAUUAAAAGAGACUGAAGAUGUUUGAGUGUAUGUGACCCAAACGCACGCUUAGGAAGGGCCUGCGGGCUGCUUCUGCUGAGAUGAAUCUGGGUUGGUCUAGAGACGCUCCGGCUUCCCACUCCUUUGCCUUGGAGGGUUGAAAGGCCCCAGCCUGUGCCAGGACUGGCCUCGUGCCUCUAGCUCCUAGCCUGACCUCUCCAGGACCGUCGUUCUAGGGGAAAGAAAUGUCCCUGUACCUUGAUGGAGACCUGACCCCCCCUGCCUGAGGCGCACCCUCCUGGCCGGCCCUGUUCCUUCCCUCCUUCACGGCUCCGUCCCCCACGGCCCUGGAUAAUGGACCCUCUGAGGGUCUUCAUCUGCACACCAGUUCCCGCCGCCAUCCUGGCCGAGUUCAGCCUCCACGUGGAUAACUCAUCCGAAACCCACGCUCCCCGGUGUCUGGACGGGAAUCCAGUGCCCGUCAGCCCCGUUGCCGUCCCCUGGCCUAAUUCCCUGACACCCGCAGCUGCUCCCCGCCGGCUCUCCCCGCCUUCAUCCCUAUGGGAUCUCCAGCACCCUCUCCUCCGCUCCCUUUCCUGCUCGCCUGGACUUGGUCUCAGGCCUCUGGCGCCAGGAGGCACCUCCAUGCCGCUUCGUGGGUUGUACGGGUUCUAGACUUGUGCACGUGUUUUACACGCUUCCCAGCCAGUGGAAAUGAGGCAUCCUGAGGAAGGCCUGCCUUUCUGAUUCGUCCUGGGGGUCGCGGGCAGCGCCAGCCCUCUGACUACCCUGAUACGUUGCAGUUGGUUGACUCACAGGAACCAGCACACGGGCACCGGCAUCUCUGGGCCGCAGGGGGCCCAGGGCGGGGGUGGGGGGGCGGAGCGGGGGUGGCCUCGGUGGGUCCCCCGCGGCUCUGCUCCACCUGCGCCCUGGUUCCUGGGAGGACACCCGAGGCAGGUGUCAGGCCACCUGGAUGAAGCCAGAGCCGACUGGGGCUCCACAGUGGUGACCUGAUGUGUCCCAGGCGCCCAAAGACAAGAAGCCUCCCCUUACUUGUACGAAGAAAAGUAAUUCUGGGGGCUUCCUUGACCGUCCAGUGGUUGGGACUCCACGCUUCCACCGCAGGGAGCCUGGGUUCGAUCCCUGGUCAGGAAACUAAGGUCCCACAAGCCACAUGGCGCAGCCAAAAAAAAAAAAGUAAAAAAGAGAUAUGUAUUUUCCUCAGAGUUCAGUAAUGUAGUGAACUCAGUACAACAGGAGCCAAGAAAAUACAUUUGCUUUGAAACUUUUUCUCACCUACAUCUUGAAUUUUGCUGGCAAAGGCUGUGACGUUAGGAGCAGCUACCCCUUUUAAAGGAGAAAGCUGCAUUUCCGAUCUCGCUUUUUUAUCCCAAGAGAAGAGGGACUUACAUAUGUUUCUUAAGCAGGACACUUUGCCAAGGUGGGGUGAGUGGCUGCUGGUCACAUGAGCUGCGACUCGUGGGCGAGGGGAGCUCAUGGACCGGCUGGAUGGUCAACGGCUGAGGUUCUUGGUGACACGCGUGCCAGCGUGUGCACGUGUAUGUGUGAUCGCACACCUGUGAGGGGAAGAGCUGGGCCUGUGUCCCCACCUCUCCAGCCCCGAGUCACCGUUUUGAAAGCUGGCAGGACAGUUGGCUCUGGCAGUAGUGAGGGGCAUUUGCUGGCCUGUCCUGAGACCGCCUCUCCAAGAAGGGUGGACCCCUGGCUUCGGCGCUGCCGCCCGACUCACCCUUUGCCCUCUUUCCGUCCUAGGCCAACACUGGGCGGAUCGAUGACCCCCGGGAGCAGCACAGAGUCAUCAGCAGUAACCUCGCCCUCAUCCAGGGAUGCUGAUGGUCUGCAUAGUAAUCGGCGCUCGAAAGCUCGGGGUCAACCCGGACAACAUCGCGACGCCCAUCGCGGCCAGCCUGGGAGACCUCAUCACCUUGUCCCUCCUGGCUUUCGUCAGCAGCUUCUUCCACAAACACAGAGAUAGUCGGUAUCUGACGCCGCUGGUCUGCAUCGGCUUCACGGCCCUGACCGCCGCGUGCAUCCUCAUCGCCAAGCAGAACCCGCCCGUCGUGAAGAUCCUGAAGGUCGGGUGGUUCCCCAUCGUCCUGGCGAUGCUCGUGAGCAGUAUCGGGGGGCUCAUCUUGAACAAGACCAUCUCCAAGCAGCAAUUCCAAGGCAUGGCCGUAUUUGCCCCCAUCAUUUGUGGUGUUGGUGGCAACCUGGUGGCCAUUCAGACCAGCCGGAUCUCCACGUACCUGCACCUGUGGAGCACGCCUGGGAUCCUGCCCCUCGGGAUGAAAGAACGCUGGCCUAACCCCCGCUCCACGUUCUGCAGCUCAGCUCCCGAGGGAAUGACAGGCCUCGUCCCCGUCGCCGGACACGCUGCACACGCAGCUGCUCCAGAUCAACUCCACGUCGGCCCGCGUCCUGCUCUUCCUGGUGGUUCCGGGCCACCUCAUCUUCUUCUCCAUCAUCUACCUGGUGGAAGGCCAGUCAGUCCCAAACGACAAAACCUUCGUGGGGCUCUACCUGCUGGCGGGCCUGGUCCAGGUAACGAUGGCCCCUGGGUCCCAUCCUGGGAGAGGUCCCUGGACACGCAGGACACAGUCCCCACCUUCGAGAAGUCCAGUCAGUCCAUCCAGCCCCAGGGGCGUGAUCCAGACACACUGCUACGGGCACGUGUGGACUUCAGUCAGGCCGUUUUCCAAGACUCUAGCUGGGAGGGCCGGGGCCUCUGCAGGGUAAUGGUGGGCUCUGGUGGGCACUCCCAUGAGGGUGGCGUCAGCAUGUCUGUGACCCUGAAGGACAGGCUGGGGAGCCUGGGAAACUGUCCAGAGCAGCUGCAGGGAAGUGGCUGCGGGGCCCCGGGACCUGACCAGGGCUUGAGGUGCCUCCACGAAGGGCCAGCUGGCCGGAGCUGCCCCGGGUGGGCCUCCGGGAAGUCCGAGCUGCACCAGCCAGACCCCUGUCCGAGUCUCCGAGCCGGUGGCGGAGCUGGGCGGCCUCCGAGCUGCGCGUCACACCCGAGAGGAGCCCAGGGAGGGCCUGGGGUGGCUGUGUCCACCGUGGUGUCCGCUCUUGACAUGUGCUGGUUUCUUGGCGACAUGGGCUUUCUCCUCGGCCAUCACCUUGUGUCUGCUCACCUCGUGACAGGUGACGAUCCUGCUGUACCUGGCGGAAGCGACGGUUCGGCUGACGUGGAACCAGGCCCUGGACCCGGAUGACCACUGCAUCCCCUACCUCACGGGGCUGGGCGACCUCCUCGGGACCAGCCUCCUGGCACUCUGCUUCCUCGCCCACUGGCUACUGAGGAGUGAAGCGGGGCUGGAUGGCACC